AUGUCCAAUCCCAAUGAUCCCCGUGAAGGAUUGAGUCCCUCGCCACCCAACAUCCUCGACCUUUUCGAUGAAGACGGGGACAGUGACGUCGACUUUGCCCCUGCCACCGACGAAGACCACAGUACGCAAGCAAGCGACAGUAAUACUGAGUAUACAGAUGCGCCCGAAGAUUUGGCCGGCAUCCAGAUCAUCUUUCAAGAUGCCGCCGAUGGAGACACGGACCAGGAUGAACAAGAUGGCAAUACUACCGAAACUGAGCAAACCACAUUGACAUAUGCCGACUUGCAGACGCUCUUUGGCACCAACAAUCCCCUCCGACAGCUCCUCCAAGGCUACCGUGCCAUCGCCCGCCCCUCUGCCCGCUAUGCUCGCGAUGACGACUCUGACGAGUGGCUCGGCAACCCCCGCCGCAACCCCCGCCGUCGCAGGACCAUCCCUGGCCCCGACCGCUGGCCCAAAGUCCCUAAUGAACAUGGUCAGCACCUCAUGAAGACAGGCAUCUACGGCUCCAAGGACCAUCAUGUUGACAUCCACCGCAAGCGACGAAAGAAUGUAAGCGAAAGGCUCAUGUGGCGCAGACUCGGGGUAGAUGCCCGCUCCAGCUUCCGUCGGCAGAACAACCUGAUUGCCCAAGACAUGGUUCCCAACAAUACAACGGCCGAUAAGAUCAUCCAUUACGACUCACGUGCCUACUGUGGCCAGUACUCGGACGAUGGCAAUUUCUUCUUUAGCUGUACUCAAAACUUCAAAGUGAGAAUGUACGAUACCAGCAACCCGUACGAAUGGCAAUACUACAAGACGGUGGAUUAUCCUUUUGGUCAAUGGACCAUUACCGAUGCCACCCUCUCCCCCGACAACAGGUUCCUCGCAUAUUCGUCGAUUCGUCACGCCGUCUGCCUCGCGACCACCGAUCCCAACGAUGACAAUGACCACACAAUCCUCGACUUUACCAAUUUCGCUCCUGGUUCGGCUAUGGGCUCUCAGAACUAUGGCUAUAUGGGUCGACACGGCUUCGGAAUUUGGAGCCUUCGCUUUUCCGGUGAUGGCCGGGAGAUUGUGGCCGGAACCAGCGACCAUAGCGUUGUCGUCUACGAUCUCGAUCGCCGCCAAUCCAUCGUUCGUCUAUCCAACCAUGAUGACGACGUCAACGCCGUGUGCUUUGGCGAUAAGCUAUCCCCACAUAUUCUGUAUUCCGGCUCAGACGACCAAACGCUGCGAGUUUGGGACCGAAGGUCCAUGGCUGAUGGUCGCCCGGCAGGGAUAUUCGUCGGUCAUACCGAAGGAUUGACAUAUGUCGAUUCCAAAGGCGAUGGCCGUUAUGUCUUGUCCAACGGCAAGGACCAGACCAUGAAACUCUGGGAUCUUCGCAAAAUGCUGUCCCCCAACGAGGUGGAAUCGAUCAACCUCCACAAAUACACGACCAACUUUGACUAUCGCUUCUCGCAGUACCACGAUGACGACUUUGUGCCCAACCCGCACGACUGCUCCGUGGUGACUUUCCGAGGCCAUUCUGUCCUCCGAACACUAAUUCGCUGUCACUUUUCGCCCCCAGGGUCAUCCAAUUCGAGAUACGUGUAUUCUGGGAGCGAGGACGGCAGAGUGUGGAUAUGGAACAUGGAUGGAACGGUUAAGGGUAAGAUCGAUGUGGCCAAGUCCACGGAAAAUUCAAGGCCAAUGACGGGGGCGCAGAACGAUGUGUAUGGUUAUGAAAUGACGGGUCGGUCGAGUUCUUCAUGGAGCACUUGUGUGAGGGAUGCGAGCUGGAGCCCCAGUGCGCCAAUCAUGGCUGCGACUUCGUGGAACGGCUACGGCUCAUCGACUGGAACGGUGUCUCUGCACAGCUGGACAGAUGGUGCUGCCGAUGACGACGGCGACCCGCCCAUGGGCUUGUCCUACAAUGCACGCCUGGACCGCCGAGAGGACUCCAAAUCAGGACGACGGCCUACUCACGACACGAGACUACAACGCAUGGGUCAAGGGUCGCUGCGGGCACGUGGCGCCAGGGAUGACGGUGUGGGCCGAUUGAGGUCCCGAGUUGUUCGGCCAAAUCGAUUUGGAGAGGCCAAUGUCCAGAGUGACGAUGAUGACGACACGCCUGGACUUCCGGGGCAAUGGUGA